UGGCGCCACCAUUCCGUCGCUUGACGCGCCCGGAGGAUGCCCGAGGCGGCGUUGUGCCCCCUCCCCCGCCGCAGCAACUUUUUCUUGGUAGUAUUUGAAGCUCUGUUGGAUGAAAUGCCUAAUUACUCUGUAAACAUCGUACUUUAAGGGUUUCCCCAAUAGAAAAACAGAAAAGAUGUUUGAUAUUAAAGCUUGGGCUGAAUACAUCAUGGAGUGGGCUGCAAAGGACCCAUAUGGCUUUCUUACUUCAGUGAUCUUUGCCCUUACACCAUUGUUUGUAAUUAGUGCAGCACUUUCAUGGAAGCUUGCAAAAAUAAUUGAGGCCAGGGAGCGAGAGCAAAAGAAGAAACAGAAAUGCCAAGAGAAUAUUGCAAAAGCCAAACGAACAAAGAAGGAUUAAAUAGGCAAAAAAAGGCCUUCCUUGUGCAAAGAAUCCACUUCUUUAAUGAAGCACUGUUGUACAUUUUGUGUUGUAACAUUCCUUUGAUACUUGAUUCUGUGAAUUACUCCUUAACGCUAUGACCUUUGUUUUCUUAGUGUGGCGAGCCAUUUUCCUUGUUUCCGUUCCUGUAGGAACCCUCUGCAGCAGUAGUUCAUGUUGCACUUAUAAGUAUUUGUAAUUCCUGGUAAACUGGAUUACAGAAAGGCAAGUUUUGGUAUACCUUCAGCAGAACUGUAGAGGUAAGAUAGCUUCAGUGUUUGCUAGCAUACCUUACUGAUUUCCUUUAAGAAUACUGCAUAUGACCAUGUGGUUCAUUCAGCUGUGUGCCCAUAGGGGCUGCUGUAAGCUUGUCUGCACAAAGAACCUAACUUGGCUUUUCCUGUUUCCUGAACUGCCAGCCAUCAAGAGUCUUUAAAUUCAGCCCAAACUCCAGGAAACUGAUUGCUUGUUCUUAAUGCCUUCAUUUGUCUUAGGCCGCUCAUGUUCUACAAAAUACACUACUAGGUGGUUUGGUUUUCCCUAAUGAUCACAUGAAUGUUCCACCUGUAACUUGUUUGUUUCUGCCUUCAUAAACUUUUUAUGUCUCAAAAGAAUAGCAAUAAAUGGCGUGAGACCAAAGGUCCAGGUGGCCUAGUGUUCUGUGUCCUAGUGACCUAUAGCAGGUGGCUGUGGAAGAGUACAGGAGGAGGAUGUGCACACUGGUGACAGUAGUUCUUCCUACUUGCUAACCUUCUGGCUACCUUUGAUCUAGGACCUUCUGGUUUUAGGUGGGAUCUCUGUUCUCAUGGCCCUUGAAACUGCUGCCUUCCAGGUUGCAAAAUGCUGGCAUACUGGAAAAAGUCCAAGUGGGGGUUGUGUUGUAAAUAUGCCAAAAUUAUUUAACCUUCAUUCCAAUUCAUGUUGUUUUUUUCCCUAACAAGUGAUUAAUUUUUCAAAGCCUAACUUUUAUUAAUAGUCUAGUUUUAAAGAGCUUGUGGCAGUCAUUAGGUUUUUAGACUUAGCAUAUUUCUAAACAGCAGCACAGAGUUGUGCUUUCUAGUAACUGGUCUUUCAUUAUAUGUUUAAAAAUAAAACCUUAAAAUAAUACCAUUGCUCAAAUGAGGAGACCUAUAGAGCUGACUGACACUAAGGGGGAUUAGAAGUGGGGAGUUUAACUGAAACAAAGUAAAUGUGAAGUACUUGUAUGCAACUAGUAACUGUUGAUCAUCUUCCAAUUUUGUUGGUCAAAGAAAGCAUUAUUAGAAUAUGACAUUUCUGCAUUUUAAAAUACAUGGGAUUGUCUCCACUGUUUUUUGUCUCAAACGUUGUCAAAUGUGUAUGUAUUCCACCUUUGAUACCUACAUAGCUUAAAACACAUGUAAGAGAACUGAUCAAGUAUGUACUGCAUAAAUAAAUUUGAUACU